AUGAAGACACUUACUUUCUGUGCCCUGUUACUUUGCUGGAAAACAAUGUGCUGUAAUCACUGUGAGCUGACCAACGUCACAAUAGUGCUGGAGAAGGAAGAGUGCGGCUUUUGCAUCAGCGUGAAUGCGACUUGGUGCUCUGGCUACUGCUUCACAAAGGAUCCAGUUGAUAAGUACCUCCUGCCAUUGAAGCAUGUCCAGAAGGUCUGCACAUUCAAGUCAAUUGUGUAUGAGACUGUGAAACUCCCUGGCUGUGCUGGGCAUGCAGAAUCAUUUCACUCCUACCCAGUGGCAACCAGAUGUCACUGUGAGACCUGUGACACAGACCUCACUGACUGCACCAGGAGAGGCUUGGAGCCAAGUUAUUGUUCCUACGGUCAAAAUCAGAUCAGGGAGUGA